AAGAAUCUUUCCGUGAACAAGUUUCUUUGGUGAUUUUCGUGUUUAAUUUGCAAUAAAUUGCACAAGAAAUCGUUCUAUUGAUUGUAAGCGAGCAGCGCAACAGUUUAACGCAGCAGUAUGAAUCGAAGGCGUGCGUACGAGGACGAUGGGGACUUUUACGGAGAGCGCAACAAAAAGCGGCGUAGGGUGUCGGAAAAUCAGGAAAUGGAGGAACGGCUGGAAGCCCUGAUUCUGAAGGUGGGAGAAAACAGCACCUCAUCGCUGGAGUCAAACCUGGAGGGUCUGGUGUCGGUGCUGGAGUCCGAUCUGGGGAACUUUCGCAGCAAAAUCCUGCGAAUCCUCUCCGAGUGUCCGAUAAAGAUGCCCGAAAAGUGUACCAUCUACUCCACGAUGGUGGGUUUGAUGAAUGCCAAGAACUACAACUUUGGCGGAGAAUUCGUCGAAUACAUGGUGAAGACGUUUAAGGAUAGCCUGAAACAGUGCCAGUGGGAUGCCGCCCGGUAUGCACUACGUUUCCUAGCCGAUCUGGUGAAUUGCCAUGUGAUUUCCACCAACUCACUGCUUCAGUUGCUGGACAGCAUGGUGGAUGCGGCCAACGAAGACAACGUUCCGCAGGUCCGCCGGGAUUGGUACGUGUUUGCGGUGCUCUCCACCCUGCCGUGGGUGGGCCGUGAGCUGUACGAGAAGAAAGAAUCUGCGCUGGAGAACUUGCUCGUUCGGAUCGAAGUGUUUCUAAACAAGCGUACCAAGAAGCACCAUAAUGCCUUGCGCGUCUGGUCGGUGGAUGCGCCACACCCUCAGGAAGAAUACCUCGACUGUCUGUGGGCUCAGAUACGCAAGCUGCGCCAAGACAACUGGACCGAGAAGCACAUUCCCCGGCCGUACCUGGCGUUCGAUUCGGUUCUCUGCGAGGCGCUGCAGCACAACAUCCCCGUUAUUCAUCCGCCGCCCCAUCAGGAUUCAUUCGAGUACCCGAUGCCGUGGGUUGUGUAUCGUAUGUUCGAUUACACCGAUUGCCCCCCGGGACCCAUUCUACCGGGUGCGCACUCGAUCGAGCGUUUCCUGAUCGAAGAGCAUCUGCAUUCGAUCAUCGAAACGCAUCGAUGGGAGCGGAAAGAGUGUGCGCUGCACCUGCUCUUCCUAUCCUACAAGGAGAAAAUCCCGCUGGAGUACUGCAUCGUGGAGGUGAUUUUCGCUGAACUGUUCCACAUGCCCACGCCGCGCUAUCUGGAAAUUUGCUACGGGUCGAUACUGAUCGAGUUGUGCAAGCAGCAACCGUCGAAGAUGCCGCAGGUGCUUGCGCAGGCCACCGAAAUUCUAUUCAUGCGAAUCGACUCGAUGAACACGUCGUGCUUUGACCGAUUCGCGAAUUGGUUCUCGUACCAUCUGAGCAACUUUCAGUUCCGCUGGUCUUGGGACGAUUGGGAUAGCUGUUUGUUGCUGGAAAACGAGCAUCCAAGGCCGAAGUUUAUUCAGGAGGUGCUACUAAAGUGUUUAAGAUUUUCAUACCAUGAAAGGUUCAAGGAAAUGAUGCCGGAAGGAUACGCGAAACUGAUCCCGAAACAACCCGUUCCCCACUACAAGUACUCCAUGGAAGGAGCUGCGUCUCUACCAGGAACAGCAACUGCCCACAAGUUGGUGGUGGCCAUUCGCCAGAAGUGCAACGCUGAUGAUGUGCUAAACGAGCUGAACGAUUUGCCAAAUCUGGGCGAUUCCUCCGAAACGGAUAUGACCGAGACGACGUACAAUCCGCUGAAGAUCGACGUGUUUGUGCAGACGCUGCUCAAUUUGGGCUCGAAGAGUUUUUCCCAUACGUUCGCUGCCAUUUCGAAAUUUCACACCGUUUUCAAGGCAUUGGCGGACACAGAGGAAGCUCAAAUUUGCAUUUUGCACAACAUGUUCGAGCUGUGGGUUGAUCACCAGCAGAUGAUGGUUGUGAUCGUCGAUAAGCUGUUGAAGGUACAGAUCGUCGAAUGUUCGGCCGUCGCAACGUGGGUUUUCUCCAAGGAAAUGGUAGGCGAAUUCACAAAGAUGUAUUUGUGGGAAAUUCUUCAUUUGACCAUCAAAAAGAUGAACCAACAUGUGACCAAACUGAGUCGUGAAAUGAACGAUGCAAAGGAUAAACUUGCCCGGACAGCGGAAUCAUCGUCCAGCGAGUCGGAGGAUGAAUCAUCAUCGAAUCCGCAGCGGCGCCGUAAGAACGCGGAUGGGUCCGGUGAAAAGCCUACCGAAGAGCAGGUCGAACGGAUGGAGGAAAAGCUGGAGGCUGCCUACGUCGAGCAGAAGCGGCUGUUUUUGAUCAUCUUUCAGCGUUUCAUCAUGAUUCUGUCCGAACAUCUGGUCAAGUGCGAUACGGACGGGCGAGACUAUGACACCGAUUGGUACCGCUGGACAAUUGGUCGAUUGCAGCAGGUCUUUAUGAUGCACCACGAGCAAGUGCAAAAGUACAGCAGCACACUUGAGGGAUUGCUCUUUACGUCGGAUCUUGACCCGCAUAUAUUGGACGUGUUUCACCAGUUCACGGCUCUUCGAGCGUAAGGACACACUGCCUAAAGGCACGCUUGCUUUCGACGGAGAAUUUGGCUCAUUUCCAGACUCGAUCGAUGGUGGGGUUGGUACUGAAGGCUGCGCUGCACACGGGAGGGAACUAGCUAUAGUCAUUUUUAUCUUUUAAAACUCGUCACUAUCUGAGAGAGAAACGAUUGUGAGUGAAAUGAUGAGUUAAUGAAAGACUAUAACAAACAGAAAAGGGCACGAUUCAGUGUCAAAUUAAUUAUGAAUAUAGACAAUUUCAUUACCAAAGCUGCUAGCUAUGUUUUAC